AUUUAAGAGGGAUGUAAUUUUAUUUUCUCAAAUGUUCUCCCUUGUGUUCGAAGUCGCAGUUUCAGAAAUUCGAUUCCGGGACUUCAUCACUGCGUGUACGAAGAAGCCAUAAUCCCUGAACGGGGUAAGAGCGAGAGACUCUUUGCGCUAAAGGGUUUGGCUCUUGUAGUUGGAUUAACUUCUUCUUUCGAAAUUAAACGACACAACAAGUCUAGAGAUUGGUGCGGUGUGAAAUGGGCAGUACAAGCAAGAAGAAGAAGAAGCAUGUAGACGAAUCUAGUGAUGAAUCUUCACUCUCUGAGGGAAGCUCUGAUUACUCCAAACGAUCCUCUAAGAGUAGUCAGCGCCGGCACCGUCAUCGGAACGAUGGCAGUUCGAGAAAAGAGAAAGAGAGGAGGGAAAAGGAGGAGAAAAGGAAGAGACGCAGAGAGAGAAGGGAUAGAGAGAGAAAGAGACGGAAAUUGAGGAAGGAGGAUAAGAAGAAGAACAGGGAUUAUGAUUCUGCUAGUGAUGAUAAAUCCGAGCAUGGGUCUUCUUCAAGUGAUGGUAAUUCAGAACCAGAACAAAGGCGGGUUCAACCCCAGGUUGCAUUGCGAGAGUUGUUGAAAGAGUUUCCUAAUGUUGUGAACGAUUUAAAACAGCUUUUGCAAAUGAUCGAUAAUGGACAAGCUGUUGACAUAAAUGGUGUAUCGGAAAGAUCUCUGGUUAAGCACCUAAAGAAGCUGUUUCUUUCAUUAAGUCUCAAGGAAAAUAGUGAUAAAGUCUUCACCCUUCCUUCAAAUGUUCGUCCCACUUUGGAGGUCAUUGCACCCCUACUUCUUAGUUCUACAGAACCUAAAACUGAAGAAUUUGAUCAAUCUGUACCAUUGGAUGACACAAAUCCAGCUCCGGGUGUUGAUAACAGGCAGGAGACAAAUGAUGACAGCUUGGCAGGUCCAGCUGACGAUUCUGUUGGUCCUAAACGGAGGAUCAUUGGCCCUGCCAUGCCAUCUGCUGAGUUACUUGCUGCUGCUGCUAAAUUAACAGAAGCACAAGCUGAGCUCAGAGAUGCUGAAUUGGAGGAAGAUGAUGCAUUAUUUAUAGGACCUGCGCCACCAGCUAUGGUCGCUGAAGCAGCAUCAGCAAAUGAAGCAGAACGGUUUGAAGAGGUAACAAGAAUUAUGAGCGUUGAGACUGAUUGCCCAUACGAGAUCUUAGGAAUAAACCAAAAUAGGACAUCUGAUAACAUAAAGAAAAGGUAUUGGAAAAUGUCUCUUUUGGUGCAUCCUGAUAAAUGCAAUCAUCCUCAAGCCCAUCAAGCAUUUAUCAAAUUAAACAAAGCAUUUAAAGAACUACAAGAUCCUGAUAAGAGGCAAGCACUGGAUGAGAAAAUCAAAGCCAAGGAGGAACAAGAGAAAUUUAAGGUUGAAUUGCGAGCAAUGCGUGAGGCUGCACAAUGGAGAAGGACACAAGGUAUAUCCAUGGAGGGUGAUGAUGAGCUCCUCGCAGAGAUGGAAGUUAAAGUUGCUCCUCAGCGAGAUGAGUGGAUGACAAAUUUACCUCCAGAGAGGAAGCCUGGUGGCAUGCCAAUGCAGUCAACCAGCUUUAGCAGAAACGAAAAGGAAGGACGUGGUGAUACAAGUGCGUGGACAGACACCCCCACCGACAGAGCCCAGAAGGCAAAGACGAAUUUUCUAGAAGCAUAUAACAAGGCUGCAGCACUGGCAUCAAAUGAAGUGGAGAAGAGUUCAGAAGCAGAUUUGGUAGAUAAAUACAACAAAGAAAAACGAUCGAAAUCAUUGGUGCAAAAGCACCAAGAGAAAGCCUUUGGCCAUUCUAAGAAAAAAUCCACAAAGCAACAACGGGAGAAGGAAGAGUGGGUGGGGCAACAUCCGUGGAAGCCUUGGGAUCGUGAGAAGGACUUGGUAGCUGGGCGACAAGAUGUAAAGUUAGACCCAGAAAACAUAGGUGAAGGUUUAACUUCCAGGUUUUCUUCGGCAUCGUUCCAAAGGAAUUUUCUUUAGACCAGAGUGGCUUUUCCGGAACUAAAGCAGUAUUCUUAUACUCACGUCCAACUUCACUGCGGCACCAAGCAAAAUUCGCCUUCAUCUGUAUACACAGUCGAGUUUGUUAUUAUGUUGUAAUUUAUAUGGAGAAGGGCGUCAGUUUUCUGAUUUCCAAUAUUUGAGAACAAAGAAAGAAUUCAGGAAAGGAAGCUUUGCAGGAGCCAGGAAUAACACCUAUCACCAUUUAAAGUAUAAUCAUUCUUCUAUUGUGUCCACACGAGAGAAGAUCUCAUAUAAGUUGAGUUCCAAUUUCUUCAACAAGAAUUUCUCAAGACUAAUUACCAUUUCCAAUUAAGAAGCAGCAAUACGACCCUUGGGCAUUUCAUCACACGAAUGUUCUUCUAAGCUACACAUAAUUUUACCACUCACCACACCAUACAAAGUUGGUGGAAGCCUUGGCCCAAAAAUCAAUUCAUUGUUUGUUAUGAAUUAAUCUAUGUUGCAAACAAUAUUAGCUACUAUGUAAUCAUUAUUAUUAAGAAAUUCAUAACAAUGUGAACAUUGCUCUA